UACCUUUUCGGACAGAGAACAAGUGCAGUGCUUCAUUCAUCAAAAACCUUUGCCGGCUCUCUCACAAGUCACAGGUAACAAGGCCACAGCAAUAUAAAAAUCAGCUAGAUCCCUGCACAAAUUCCCUUCCCCCCUCCCUCCGCCCCCGCUUUUCCCCUCCCCCCUCUCCCCGCUGUCGAUCUGGCCUUGUAAGUAAAAAUCAGGUCUCCAUUUCAGAAAGGGAAAACGCUUCAUUCAAUCAAUGGGUGGUGUAAACAAACGAAAACGUGGAAGAAAGGCUAAAUCAGACCCCCCUUCAACAGCAGACAUCCCAACAUCAACUUCACCCCACAUUGAUGAUGUCGUUUUCUCUGUCAGCAAUGUUGAGCUCAUCGACCCACCUCCUUCUUCUACUCCCCACCGUCCCCGUCGUGGUCGGCCUCGCAAAAUUCCUAUACCUAUAUCUAUUCUAUCCGAAAAUUCUAACCCCGAAAAUGGAAAAACCAUAAAAGGCGUCAAUGGGGUAGCAGCGUCUCUUAUUUCUUCUGAGGAUACUACUAUGUUAAAUGCUAGGGUGGUGCCGGAGAUGGAUGCUGUAGUGAAGGUGUUUUCUGUUCACACCGAACCCAAUUAUUCCCUGCCGUGGCAACGGAAACGACAGUAUAGUUCGAGUAGUAGUGGGUUUGUUAUCAAAGGAAGAAGGGUUCUCACGAAUGCACACUCCAUCGAGCAUUACACGCAGGUUAAGUUGAAGAAGAGAGGGUCUGAUACCAAGUAUGUAGCCACUGUGCUUGCUAUUGGAACUGAAUGUGAUAUCGCUUUGCUUACUGUGGAUGGUGAUGAGUUCUGGGAGGGGGUCUCACCUGUGGAAUUUGGGGAUUUACCAGUGCUUCAAGAUGCUGUCACAGUAGUAGGUUAUCCAAUUGGGGGUGACACAAUCUCUGUGACAAGUGGUGUUGUUUCACGCAUAGAGAUAUUAUCUUACGUUCAUGGGUCUACUGAACUUUUGGGGCUCCAGAUUGAUGCUGCUAUAAAUUCUGGAAAUUCUGGUGGGCCUGCUUUUAGUGAUAAAGGAAAUUGUGUAGGUAUUGCAUUUCAGUCCCUUAAACAUGAAGAUGUGGAGAAUAUUGGUUAUGUCAUCCCAACACCUGUAAUCGUGCACUUCAUUAGAGACUAUGAGAAGAACGGAGCAUAUGCUGGGUUUCCCAUUCUUGGGGUUGAGUGGCAGAAGAUGGAAAAUCCAGAUCUGCGUUUAUCAAUGGGAAUGAAACCUGAUCAGAAAGGUGUCCGUAUAAGAAGAAUCGACCCUACGGCUCCCGAGUCUAUGAUGUUGAUGCCAUCUGAUGUAAUCCUAAGCUUUGACGGGGUUGAUAUUGCCAAUGAUGGAACAGUUCCAUUUCGGCAUGGAGAGCGUAUAGGUUUUAGUUAUCUUGUAUCCCAAAAAUAUUCCGGCGACAGCGCUGCAGUUAAAGUUCUUCGUCGUAAUUCUGAGAUAUUAAAUUUCAACCUCAAACUUGCAACUCAGAUGAGGCUUAUUCCAGCUCACAACAAGGGGAAACCUCCGUCAUACUAUAUUAUAGCUGGAUUUGUUUUUACAACUGUAUCUGUUCCAUAUCUUCGUUCAGAGUAUGGAAAGGAUUACGAGUAUGAAGCUCCUGUAAAGUUGUUGGACAAACUUUUGCACGAGUUUCGACAAUCACCUGAUGAACAAAUUGUUGUGGUUUCCCAGGUUCUUGUUGCUGACAUUAACAUUGGAUAUGAGGAGAUAGUCAAUACCCAGAGCUUGGCCAGCAUGGUAGAGAAGUGCAAUGAUGAGUUUUUGAAGUUUGAUUUGGAAUAUCAGCAGGUGGUAGUCCUUCAGACAAAGACAGCAAAAUCUGCAACAUCAGACAUCCUUACUACACAUUGUAUUCCUUCUGCCAUGUCCGAGGAUCUCAGAAUGUAAAUCAUUUCAGCAAGGACAAACCUAAAUUCCUGUUGCCAAGCUGAAGAUUUUUGUAGUAUUUCACUAUUAAUGGAUGGUAAAUAAACGUGAGGUGUUGGUAUGCAUCAUUUUCUCAGUCCUGCAUACCUUUUGUCAUAUCUGUAGAGCAGACACAUGUUGCCUCAGCUCGUGGAUUCAAAAACAUACUUGUGUAGAAGAAUGUACACAUUCUCAGAUGGAGUCCUUCAAAAGGAGCACACACAUUCCUUUUGAUCGAUAAACCAACCUUGUUUUCCGAAUAUGGGUCAGUGUUCAGAAAGUAGAAGCAGAUAUGAAUGUCGGGCUUAGCCUUUAGUA